AUGAGGGUAUCGUAUUGGCUGUCCUUAAGUAAAUCGUCUGCCCAUGCAGUCUCCUGCGGAUGGGGUCGAUUCCGAUGUGAAGAUGGCAGUUGUAUUGAUUCCUUGUUGAAGUGUGAUGGGGUGAAUCACUGUAAAGAUGGCAGUGAUGAACGCUACUGUUUUAAGACCUCCACAGUAUAUCCAGGUCUGUGCCACUGGAACCAGUAUCGCUGCAAUAACGGACAAUGCAUUGACAUGAAGCAAAAAUGUGACCGAAUCAAGCAGUGUUCAGAUGGCAGUGACGAACAGUACUGUAAAGAAAUAGUUACUGUACCAGCAGGUAAUUGCAACUGGCAUCAGUUCCAGUGUGAUAAUGGUCAAUGUAUUGAAUCCUACUUAAAGUGUGACCGAAUAUGGCAUUGCCAAGACGGCAGUGAUGAGCAGCAUUGUUCCAAACCAAACCAAAAAGCAGAAUGUGAGAACCAUGGUUUCCUCUGUGAAGAUGGAAAAUGUCUGCAACGAAAACUGGUCUGUGAUGGAGUCUAUGACUGUCCACGUGGAGAUGAUGAGAGAAAUUGUGAAGCUUCAAAAGAGAAGAAAAAGCCCAUCAAAAAGACUACUACGACUACAACAGCACCAACAACGACCACCACUGUAAAAACACAAUUUUGCAGAAAGGGUGAGUUUGACUGUGGCAACAAACAGUGCAUUCCACUGGCGUUUGUAUGUGAUGUCAUUCCUGAUUGUGACAAUGACCGUGAUGAAGAAAACUGCACAGUUAUUGAUAUAACUCUACCUCCACCACACAGGAAAGCCUGUAAGCCUAAUGAGUUCUACUGUGAUGAAGACCAGUGCAUACCAAAAGAUUACGUCUGUGAUGUCAUACCAGACUGUGAAAACGGCCAUGACGAACUCCACUGUAGCGUUCCCACAUCUAAUUCAUCACAGGCAGCACUGAAAGGCUGCCUUGAUGGAUUUAAGCCCUGUUUGGAUGGUGUUUGUGUCAGCGGAAACAAAUUCUGUGACGGUCUUCCAGACUGCCUGGACAAAUCAGAUGAAUUCAACUGCACUUUGUUUGGGUCUACAACCAAUAUCACAGCAAAAAAAGCUUGUUUUUCCAACCAGUUCCAAUGUAAGAAUGGCAGAUGUAUUCCACAGCACCAACGAUGUGAUGACUGGCCAGAUUGUGAAGAUAAAUCUGAUGAAGAAAAGUGCAUCGUACCACCUGUGGGAGAAUCACAAUCUCUCACACAGACGAAGAACAAAGACAAAACAGGGCUCUGUCCAAGUGGUUCUUUCCAUUGCCCAAAUGGCUUGUGUAUUAGCCAAAGCAAACUGUGUGAUGGCUGGCCAGAUUGUCAGGACCUUUCUGAUGAGAAACACUGCAUUGUAACUACAAAGAAACCACCACCAACAGUUCAAACUACUGUUGCUUCCACAACAUUUGACCACCUUAUUACAUCGCCAUCGUCACCAUCAGGUAAAGCUUCUCUCACCACCCCAAGAAAGCCAUUCAAAGUCAAUUCUGACAUCUCUUUAAACCACACGGAUGCGCUUCAGGAAUCGCAACCAAUGACACAACCUUUCACUACGGAUGUAUUACACACGUCUUCUCCCUUUGUGAAACCUACCACAACCCCUUUAGCAAACCAGGAAAAGUUGCACUCUUCAACACAAUCCUUUCUCUCACAAAAUCCUUCAACACCAACCCUGCGCAAAAUCAGACCAACUGCAGCAAAAUUUCCAAGGAUUUCAGCUUGCCUUCCGGGUCAUUUCCACUGCACCAGUGGUGGUUGCAUACACCAAGUAAACCGCUGCGAUGGAUGGACGCAUUGUGAUGACAAUUCUGAUGAAACCGACUGCUUUGCACCAGAACAAACCUCCUGGCCGACUGAGACGAGGUGUCCUUCAACCAACUUCCGUUGUGAUGACGGAACCUGCAUAGAGCUGGAUGACAUUUGCGAUGGUUGGUUCGACUGCAAGGAUAAAAGUGAUGAGAUGCAAUGCAGUUAUAAGAUAAACUCCAAAAACACCAGCGAUGCCAAUGGUUGUGCCAACGAUGAGUUCCGUUGUCUCACUGGUCUCUGUAUUCCGCUGCCAUUCCGCUGCGAUACCGUUAUUGAUUGCGAUGACAAAACUGAUGAAGAAGGAUGUCACCAAAAUGCAAUGCCAACCGUUGCAACACUGCCAGGAUGUAAACCUAAUGAAUUCCAUUGCAAGAUCGGUCAGUGUAUAGACCAGGCAUUUGUCUGUGAUGGUCUCUAUGACUGUCCAGAUGCCAGCGAUGAGAAGAACUGUCCAGUUGGUGGGUCUACAAUACCAGCAACAACAACAGAAGCGACAGAUGUAAGUGCAUGUAUGAAAAACGAGCACAUGUGUCAGAAUGGUAAAUGCAUUCACCAGAACUACGUAUGUGAUGGCAUUCCAGACUGUCCGAAUGGUCAAGAAGAGAUGAACUGUAAAGAGAGAUCCACAAUUCCAGCAAGUGAAGAAACACCAUCAGACAACUGCAUUCCUCUGACCAUCAAAGAAUGCCAGGGACUGGGCUACACUCUCACCUACCUGCCAAACGUUUUUGGAGACGAGACCUUCCAGGAGGCAAGAAAUCGGUUCUACCAAAGCGCCAUGCCUAUCCUGCAGCACAGUUGUACACCUCUUGCAUUGACCUUGCUCUGUGGUACGAUCUUCCCAUUUUGUGAUAAUGGUGUCUCGAAAUACACCUGUAAACACAUCUGUGAUGAAGUGAAAGACCGUUGUGGUCAGGGCUCCAUCCUAAUGGACAGCUGUGACUGGUUGAUUGACGAGUCCAACUGGUGUUUCACUGGAAUGAACCGCUCUGCAACAGAGAAAGUGAGCACCAACGGCCACUCUCCUGGAACCAGCAAACCAGUAUGUAAAAAUGGUUUCUACCAAUGCCAAAACAGCAGUAUCUGUCUCCAUCCAGUCAAUCUCUGCGAUGGGGAACCUGCUUGCCCCAUGGCAGAUGAUGAACCAGAAAAUUGCAGUUGUUCUCCAAACCAGUUCAGGUGUCACAGUGGUCAGUGUGUGAUGCAAUCUCGCAGGUGUAAUGGCUAUAAGGACUGCAGGGACAACUCAGACGAGGCCCAUUGCUCAGCUGAAAAAUGCACUGGACGUCUGUGUAGUUCUGGACAAUGUGUGGCACCAGACAGUUUCUGUAAUGGUCAGUUUGAUUGUGAUGACCACAGUGAUGAAAAAUUUUGUGAAUGCAACUUUCCAAAACGACAAUGCAACAAUCUGUUGUGCAUUGACGCAGUAAAGUGGUGCAACAGAGAAGAUGACUGCGGCGACAACAGUGAUGAACAGAUGUGCAAUUGUUCCGUUGGUGAAGUAUCCUGUCCUGGAGGUAAAUGCAUCCCCCAGAAAUGGUGGUGUGAUGGCAGUAAUGACUGUCCUGGUGGAUUUGAUGAAGCUAAAUGUCAUCAAACUACUACAACAACAACAACAACUGCUGAGCCUACAGCAACAACAACACCAGAAAGUAUUUAUCCUUUCAAAGAUAACUGCAAGGCCAGUGAGUUCGUGUGUACUCGAGAGUAUCGCUGUAUCAACCGUAGCUCUGUGUGCGACAUGCACUGGGAUUGCUCUGAUGGUGAAGAUGAAGCCUUGUGUGUUUCACUGAGAAAAUAUGAUUCCUCAAAGUCGCUGCCUGUGUUGGCUCUCACUUUACGGGGUAAAACCAGCAUGGUCUGUGCCAACAAUUGGUCUAAAGAUUGGGCCUCGUUUGUCUGUAAAUAUCUCCGACACAAGAAUGUAAAUAGAGUUGAGUUACUUGAUGCACCUGAAAAUACCCACUCCUACCAGCAGAUCCUCAGUAAAACACUUAAAUACCCUCUUCAGAACUACAUCAGGACAGCAUCGUCUUGUGAAAGUAACAAGGUUGUUCAUAUGGCUUGUAAUGAAAGAGUUUGUGGCACCAACAAGCAUCAUUCAAUCCAGUAUCAGAAGUUUAUCAUCGGCGGAGACUUGGCUCACCGCUAUACCUGGCCCUGGGUAGCCUCUGUGCUCUACUUGGGAGAACCAAUAUGUGGCGCUACACUCAUUUCUGACCAAUGGCUUGUAACAGCAGCACAUUGUAUAGUGACAGGCAUGUGGAACCGGACCAUGGUACCUUACUAUUUCUCCAUUGUCCUCGGUGAGAUUGACCUGUACGAGGGGCUGAUGAACGGAACACGGAUCCCAGUUGACCGGAUUGUCAUGCCAGACCAGAUGAAGCUGGUUGCAUUUCACCCUCAUCCAGACAUUGCUAUGUUGCACCUCAGGUACCCCGUGACACCCAGCUUCCGCAUCAAGCCGAUCUGCAUGCCAGAGAUACCAAAACACGACGAAAGGUCGGCCUGCUACCUGACCGGAUGGGGCAGCUCCCAUAGGCUGGAAAACAGCAAACGCAGAUACAGCAACUAUUUACAUGAAGUGCGUAUGGUUAUUCGAGACAAUGCCAACUGUGCCGGGUUCCGACCACAGCCGGACUGGGAGCACAACUUGUGUGCUGGAUACAUGGAAAGUUCCAUCACCGGAUGUUACGGUGACAGUGGAGGUGCCUUGAUGUGCUGGGAACCAGACAAUCGGUGGACUAUUGUAGGAGUUUUGUCUAAAGGACGCUACAACUGUGCAGCCAAUUCUCCAAACGUUUUCACAAAGAUAUCGUCCAUGCGUGGUUGGAUUGAACGAUCCUUAGGGUGGAGCAACAAGUCACAAAACUAAACAUCUAGUGGACAGGUGUGUUGGGUUGUGUGGGUUGCUACAGAGGAAGAGUGAGGCCAAGGUUAGCAGUAAGAUGAUUGUGAAGAGUAAAGAAACACAGGCUGACAAUAUAUAAUGAGGUUUGCUGGGGUGUCUUGGGGACAGGUCCAAAGGGGCAACAGCAUUGCAGCAUUCUUGGAAUCCCUUCAAUAACUUUUGGAGUCUUUCACAAAAAAACUUUUGGAGUCUUUCACAAAAAGCUCCACUGGUAAUGUGGGUUUUGUUUCUAUCCUUAGGUUUUUAUUUUCAGUAUAGCCCCAUCAUAAUUGAUAUGCAUGCAAGUUAUGUGAAUUUUGUUUAUUUUUUAAUCAACUAAUAGUAUUCAAUUGUAGCCAAGAACCCUCACCAACCAACAUCGAUCUGAACUCAGCACUGUAAGUUAACACAAUGCUUAUUCUUCAUUGUACAGUACCAUUAAGAGGUGAGCUGGCAGAAACGUUGGCACGUCAGGCGAAAUACUUAGCGGUAUUUCAUCUGCCUUUAUGUUCUGAGUUUAAAUUCCACUCUGGUGGACUUUGCCUUUCAUCC